UAAUCGAUCGCCGGCGAUCAAAAUGCGGGAAAAGUGUCGAUUAUGUCUCGGCACAGUAAGUGGCCGGAAAGGAUGUUCCAUAACAGACAACAAAAUCAGCUCCAUCCUGUGUAAAGUGUUUUAUUUUACGAUUUCUCGAACCGAGUCCAAUUUGCCCGACAACGUGUGUGCACGGUGUUUGACAAAGAUACGCGACUUUCACGAUUACAGUGAAGUUGUGCAUAGCAAUCAAGAAAUUCUUCUGCAAAGCAAUGUUAAAAGGGAAAAUGAUGUUACAGACUCUGUGAGUCUGCAACAAGAUUCGUCCGAACCCGAUAACAUCAGUGAGGAUCACCCCUUAAUAGAGGAUCUGGAAGUAACGUUGGACGAAAAAGAAGAUUCUCUGACGUUUGAGGAUGUGAAAGACACAGUACCAAAGCUUGAUUCGUUGGAAGAACCGGAACAUCCGAAGCACAACGAGCGAACAGAUCUAUCAUCUGUUCUAUCGGACGAACCAAUCGAGGAUAAACCUAACUCGGACGUGGAGCAUCGCGAACUGCAUGAGAAUGAUCGUAUAAUCAGGGAGUUUUUCACGAUGCGCUGUGAGCUGUGUCCGCCCAAGACGGAGCAACAGUUUGAUCGAUUCUUGGCACUUCAGCUACACUACCGUAAGCAACACCAGUGUCGUGGAUUUUUGCGCUGCUGUGGCAAACAACUCUUUCGUCGGUUUCGCGUAAUGGAACACAUCGCAUCACACCGUGGCAUGAUCCGAUGCGAGCUGUGCGACAGAACGUUUAAGAGCAAACGUUACCAAUUACAGCAUGUGGCCGAGCAGCACGCUGACGAGCAGGAAAGUAAACCAUUUCGAUGUGAACAAUGCGAAAAGACGUUUCACACGAAACGGCAACGGGAUGCUCAUCGGAUUGCACACGAAGUGACCGUAUGCAAGCUAUGCGGGAAAACGGUCAACAUUCGAUACCUCAAAAAGCAUAUCGCACAAAUACAUGACGCACCGAGCCUUGCGUUCAUGUGCGAUCUGUGUGGGAAGAAUUUUUCCAGCAGCUUGGUGCUGGAUCGGCACAUCAAGCAGCAUCAGGGUAUAGAUACGAUCGAAAUAGUUCAGUGUGCGCGCUGUGGCAAAAAGCUACGGGGAAAGUACAAUAUGCAGAAGCACAUGCAGCGAAUGCACCUCGAAGUGGAUCAGGUGCAUCGGUGUGAGGUGUGUGGACAUGAGAGCCCGAACAGUAUCGCGCUUGUGUAUCACAAGAAGCGAGUGCACUCGGGAGAUCCGUUUGCGUGCGACCAGUGUGGGAAGCGGUUUAAGCGCAAAAUUUAUCUUACGGAACACGUUGCGGCACUGCACACGCGGACGCCACUGCACACGUGCGAGUUUUGUGAGGCAACGUUUAAUUCGAAGGCAAACUACUACAGUCACCGGAAGUCGCGCCACACGGAAGAGUGGGAAAUGUUGCGGGAGGAGAGGGAAAGAAAUUAAUA